CUGGAUCAGCAGCUGCAGCUUUUUGUGACGCGGCACUCUGCCCACUUCUCCACCGAGGUCAGAGGACAAAGAAUUCUACAACACAAAAGCAAUGUCCUUGAGACGGUGGUCUUAGUCAACCCUUCAGGAGACACAGUUGUCUCAGAGAUCCAGUCUCUUGUUGCUGACCCAGCUGCAAACAAACUCCUGGUCCUGAGUGGACAAAGCUCAGACCAAGGUGACCUACUUCUUCAAACUGGAGUAUUCAGUUAUCAAAGUGUAUCACGUACAUUCAGUGAGUUUGGGGUCAGUGGUCUCUUGGGAAAACUCCCCCCGGAGCAGCGCGCCACCCUCACUGUGUUCUGCCGAGGGGAGGUGGGCUGGAGCUCCUUGGGGCAGCAUAAAAAUCUUCGGGAGGUUCUGGACUACAGGCUGAACCCUGAGGCCAUUCUCCCAAAAAUGGAGGGUGUCACUGAGUUCACAGAGUAUAUCUCUGAGACUGUAGAUGUUCCAUCUCCCUUUGACCUUCUUGAACCACCAACCUCUGGAGGCUUCUUGAAGCUGUCCAAGCCUUGCUGCUACAUCUUUCCUGGAGGAAGAGGGGACUCUGCUCUUUUUGCCGUCAACGGAUUCAACAUUCUAGUUGAUGGUGGCUCUGACAGAAAGUCAUGUUUCUGGAAACUUGUGAGACACCUGGAUCGGAUCGACUCUGUACUUCUCACCCACAUUGGAGCAGAUAACCUUCCAGGGAUCAAUGGCCUCCUCCAAAGGAAGAUUGCAGAGCAAGAGGAGGAGCAGUCACAAGGGUCCACCAAUUACAGUGACUGGAUGAAAAAUCUAAUCUCACCAGAGCUUGGUGUUGUUUUCUUCAAUGUACCCGAAAAGCUACGCACAUCAGAGUCCAACUUGAAAGUAAAACGAAGCAUUGAGGAGGCUUCACUUACACUGCAGCACCUUAACAAACUUGGCAUCAAACCAGAACCUCUGUUUCGAGUUGUCAGCAACACAGUCGAACCCAUUACACUCUUCCAUAAAAUGGGAGUGGGCAGGUUAGACAUGUAUGUCCUGAACCCUGUGAAGGACAGUAAGGAGAUGCAGUUUCUCAUGCAGAAGUGGGCUGGAAACAGCAAAGCCAAGACGGGCAUAAUUCUCCCUAAUGGAAAGGAAGGAGAAAUAUCUGUCCCUUACCUGACAUCUGUCACUGCCCUUGUGGUGUGGCUCCCAGCAAAUCCCACAGAAAAAAUAGUCAGAGUUCUAUUCCCUGGAAAUGCCCCACAAAAUAAAAUUCUCGAAGGCCUUGAGAAGUUAAAGCAUCUUGACUUCUUGCGAUACCCAGUUGCUACACAAAAGGACAUUGCAAGUGGGGCUCCUCCAUCAGCAGUGAAACAAACAAAGAUGAGACAAAGGACUGACAGCAAAGAAAGUCUCAAAUCAUCCCCGAAAACAUCAUCUAAGAUUUCCAAAAAAGAUGCUGAUGGACAAGAAGAUCUUUCAUUUGCUGACACAAAAAGUGAGUCAGUAAAAGAUAACAAAACAGACAAACAAGAGGAGAAGAAGGCCAGUGACAAACCCACCAGGACAUUAAAGCCCAAAACUGAGGGGACAGAAAAGAAAAAGUUACUAAAAGAGAAGUCACUGAAAAAACACACCAAGGACAGAGUGUCCAAGAUGGAUGAAAAGAAAGACAAGGAAAAGAAGGAGAUAAAGAAACUAAAGAAAGAUGAUGCUGGUAAAAAAGAUGACAAGAAAGACAGUAAGACUAAGGGAAAAGAUGCUUCCAAACCUGAACUAAGAAAAAUAACUAAGCCUGACUUAAAACCAUUUACACCAGAAGUCAGGAAAACCUUGCAUAAAGCAAAGGUGCAAAGUAAACCUAAGACAGACAAAAGCAAGGCUAAAGUGGCAAAGGAUAAACCCACGCCAGAUGCACGUUCUGAGGUAAUCCAGCCCGAACCACAGCUGAAUGGCUUGGAAGAAGUAAGAUCUAUUCUCUCCACGCCAGAGGAUCUUACCAGAGACUUCGAAGAAUUAAAACAAAAUGAAGUUCCAGCCGAAUUGCCUGAAGAACCAGAACAAACAGAACUACUAUCAGAAGAAAAAGCUCCACUGACGUCUGAAGGGCUAGAUGAGGGAAUUGUGGCUCCCAGCACGCUAACAGAGCAAGAGAAACAAGAGGAUAAACCUGAACCUGAUGUCUCUACACCACGUAAGGGUUCUCUUCAUGAAGAUGUCAAAGUGACAACAACAGAGGAGAAGGAAGAAUCCAAAGACCAAGAGCAGGAAGAAUCUAAAGACCAAGAGCAAGAAGAAUCUAAAGACCAAGAGCAGGCACAAGCUGUUGCUGCGGCUGAGAUGGCAGAAAGCGAUAAAUUUGAAGAUGAGGGUGCAGCCAUUGAGGAUGAGGAGGAAGAUGAGGUUGAAGAAGAAGUGCCAAAAGUCCAGCGAGACCAAAUGGAAGAGGAGGAAGACAUGGGAAUUGGAGAGGAGGAGGAUGAAUGUAAAUGGAAGGAGGUAAAAGACGGAGAGGGUGCUGAUAGAAAACAUGAAAUGGAAGAGAUGGAGAAAACUGAAAAACUCAAGGCUAUGGUAGAGGAAGCUGUCCAUGAGCCUGAACACAAGAGAGAUGAAGAGGGACCAGCUAUUAAGAGCCCCACUCUCGCAGAGGCAGAGGAUUUGGAUGCUAUUGCAGAUGAAGAAGUUACAACUGAAGAGCAUGUCACCAGGGAGUGGGAGUGUAAGGCAGCUGCAGAGAUUACCGGAGCAAAAGAGGAGGAAGAUACAUACCUAUCCCAUAUUGGAGGGGCUACAGCAGGCAUCACAACUGUGCAAGGAGCUGCUGCUGCUACAGUUGCUGCUGCUGAGAACAUCUCCUACAUCCAGGACGAGACCAUUCCAGGCUACUCAGAGACCGAGCAGACCAUCUCAGAUGAAGAGAUUCACGAAGAGGCCGAGGACAGAAUACCUCACCUCCAGUAUGAUGUAGGUUCCUACGAUGUGUCUGUGCCAGAUCAGACAGGUUCUUUUGAUGCAAUCCAUGGAAUGAAAGAGAUGCAAGCAGCAAUUCCUGAUGUAACAGCCAAAGGAUAUAUACAGGAGCCAGUUGUUUCUUUGUACACAAACAUUGCUGCUCCAUUGGCUGAAGAGGAACAUGUGUCUUCAGCAACAUCAAUCACAGAGUAUGAUAAGUUAUCCUCUUUCCCUACCUCUGUUGCUGAAGACCAGUCUAUUGCAUCAGUCACAACAGGUCAAACUGAAGAAACUGGCAGAAGUUCUUUGCUCCUUGACACUGUUAACAGUAUACCUCCAUUGGCUCAAGCUGACAUUGCACAGGGAAAGGAUUUCCUGCACUCUGCUGGAACAAUCUCUCCUACAUCUUCAUUAGAGGAUGACAAAUGCUUCAAGUCCCCUCCCUCAGAGGAAUGUCCACCCAUUGCUUUGGAUGUGAAAGGUCAUGGUGAGGAACAUGAGGAGGAGGAAGAGGAGGAAGACGAAGAUCAAACUCCCAAUGUUGACAUCCCACUUGGGAAGCUACAAGAGGGAUAUGCUGCUCCAUCUCUGUUCCAGGAAAGCAAGAAAGAUACAGACAAACCUUCCGUAUCUACUUUAGAACCUGUUACUGAGAAGAAAUCAGAUAUUGUACCAGCAAAGGAAGAGACAACACUUGCUCUUUCCAAAGAAGAGACAAUGAUUGAAUCAUCCACAAAACCAAUGUCUCCACCUCACUCAUUUUCUAAAGCAUUAUUGUCAGAAUCCAGUGAAGGAGAAGAAAGAUGUUUCAGUCCAGAUGAUAGCACUGUGAAAAUGGCUUCCCCAACACAGUCGGGACCCCCUAGCGCAACUCAUUCUCCUGUCCACCAGUUGCCAGGCGAUGAGAAAGCCAAGUCUAUUCCAGGCCAAGAACAAGAGGAGCCAAUUGGAAAACAGGCAAAAGAAUCUACAGAACAAGGCAUUCAAAAGGUUGAGUCAGCAGAACUCUCAUCAGCUGGCACAUCUGUGGCAGACAAAGAAUCUUUGCCUGAUGAUAAAGAAAAAGCCUCAGUCUGUCAGAAAGAGAUGCCCCCAGAAAAAGAAGAUUCAGUCUCUCCAACACAGUUGUCCCCUGUCACUGGGGUAGAGGCCGCCUCAGCAGACAAAGAGCAACCAAAGGACUCUGAGUCAGUGGGUGUUUACAUGGAGAAAACCAAAUUUGAGAAGAGUGACAGUGAAAAGCAAGAGUCUGAGAAGAGAGAUGCCACUGUAUGUAGUAAGGCAAAGAUUGUGGAAGGAAAAGAGAGCAGAUUCCUGGAUGAUUAUGAUUAUGAUACCCAAGAGGCCAUAUCUAUGAAAGAAAUGGAGGAGAAAAAGGACAAAGAAAAGGAACAUGACAAAGAGGAGAAAGAGGUGGAAGAGAAAGAUGAGUUUGAACUUGAGCCCCAAACUUCAAUUAUCCUUGAAAAAGAGGUCUCUAAAUCUGAAAAACAUGAAGAGAAACAUGUGGAUGAGACCCAGUUACAGACAUCAAUUAAACCAGAAGUAACAGACUCAGUAAAGGACUCAGGGCUGGAAGAGAAAGAACUACAGGCACAACCAGCAUCAGACAGUAAAGCCACACUCAAAACAGAUACAAAGUCAGAGGAUAAAAAAUUGGACACUGAAACAGCUGGAAAAGACAUUCCAUCUACAGUAGUCGAAACAAAAGUUACUGCCAAAGCAACCCUUGAGGUUGAAGAAGAACAUUUGAGUAAAGAUUUGCAAGACAGCUCUCUUUCAGUGUCCCCUGAAAAAGCUGAUGUGUCUUUGGUUAGAGAUCAAGAGAUUACUGAAGACAAAAAAGUUCAACAACCACCACAACCUGCCUCUAGUAAGAUGGAGGGGGCUGCAGAGGCCGAUGCUAAAUCUGAAGUCGCCUCCCUAAAAGAGAUUUCACCACCAAUCAAACAAGAAAGCACAGCAGAAACCUCACAGCCAGUGCCUGAAAAAGCAAGCAUACCCCCUAAACUAGAUGAAGUUACAGAGAAAGAGUUGGAUGAGCCUCCAAAACAACCUCUGCGUCUAGAUGCAGAAACACCUUUGUCUGUAGAACAGUCAAAGCCAGAAACUGUAGAUGUGUCUCCAAAAGCAGAUCAAAAACCCGAAGAACAGAAACAAGAGGUUGCCUCCAGGUCAGACACGGAACAUAAAGAGGACAUUUCGCAACAGCUGAUAUCAUCCUCAAUAGAAAAAGAAGAAACAUCUGUAAAGGACUCAGAAGACAAGUUGUCUGGAGCGUAUUCAGAGAUAGAUACUGUGGCAAAAGAAACAAAAACAGAUGCAAAAUCUGAAGAGAAACAACUGGAUGAGACCACAACAGCCCUGAAAGAAAUGUCAUCUCCAACAGUAACAGAUGAAAAGGUGACUUACAAAGAAACUGUUGAGAAAAUCCCAUCUACUGCUGUUUCAGAUGAAAAAACAACUUCCGAAGUGAUUGUUGAGACUGAAGAUCAUUCGAAGGAGAAAUUGCCAGACACCUUGCUUUCAGAAGCAGAAAAGGGUGAUACGUCCUUGGACAAAGUUCAAGAAACUACAGAGGCACAACACAUAGAGGAGUCUAUUUCUAGUAAAAUAGAUGUGACCUUAGUGGUGGAUACUGAAUCUCAAGUCAUAAGUCAUCUGAGUUUGAAAUCUCAAGACAGCUCACCAGAAACGUCACAGCCAGUGCCUGAGACGAAGCCAUGUUUGUCAGUGGAACAGUUAAAGCCAGAAACUGUAGACAUGCCUUCAAAAGCAGAACAACAAUCAGAAGAGAAGCAAUUAGAAAAAACAGAGGUCACAUCCAAACCAGAUAUGGGACAUAUAGAUGACACCGCACAAAAGAUAACUUCAUCAUCAACAGAAAAAGAAGAACCAAAAAUAAAAGACCCUAGUUUGGAUGAGAAGCUGACAGGGGUAGAUUCAGAGACAGACACCUCAGCAAAAGCAAUAAAAACAGAUGCAAAGUCUGAUGAGACAAAGACUGAAGAGAAACAACUAGAUGAUGCCACAACACUCCUGAAAGAAAUCCCAAGUGUGUCAUCACCUGAAAAAACUAAGGUCCACUCAGAAGAUAAGAAAGGUCCACAAGAAACUCCACCAUCAGUGUCAGAGAAAACAGACAUAUGUUCAAAAGCUGAUCAUUCACUUUCAGAAAAACAAGUGCAACCAUCAUUGUCAGCUUCAGAUAAAACUGUGGCGUCACCGGAGUUAUAUUUAGAACCAACAGAUACGAGUGAUAAAGAUAUAACACAGCAACCAGUUCAGGCAGUUCCUGAGAAAACAGAUGUGCUAACUAAACUUCCAGAAGUGUCAGAAGAGAAACAAGCCCAAGGGAUCACACAAUCAGUUUCCACGAUAGCAAAGCCAUCUUCCAAAACAGAUCCAGAUGAAAGCGAGGAAGAUAUCCCUAGACAGCACAUAGAUACACUGUCUCCAGAAAAGGAAGUCUCCUCAAAAUUAAGCUUGGAGUCUGAAAAGAAAGAUUUAGAUGUUACUCUACCACAAUCUUCACAGGCAGAAAAAGAAGAUUCCUCCAAGCAUUCUCCGUCAGAGAAAAAAGAAAAUGAAGAUGUGAUUCAAAAGACAGCAUUGCUCUCAGAAGUCACAGAUGGCACCAAGAAGGUGGACCUUGAGUCUCAAAAAGAAAUCCCACAGACCCAAAAAGAAGACGAGAUUAAAAAGCCACAGUCACCCUUGGAAAAUAAAGAAGAUACCAAAAAGGUGGACAUUGAGCCUCAAAAAGAGAUGCCACAGACCAAAAAAGAAGAUGAGAUCCAAAAGCCGCAGUCACCCUUGGAGAGCACAGAGAGCACCAAGAAGGUGGACCUUGAGUCUCAAAAAGAAAUCCCAGUGACCCAAAAAGAAGAUGAGAUUACAAAAACACAGUCACCAUUGGAAAGCAAAGAAGAUAGCAAAGAGGUGGAUCUCGAGCCUCAAACAGUUGUGCCACAAGUCCAAAAAGAAGAUGAGAUUCAAAAGCCCUUGGAGAGCGCAGAUGGCACCAAAAAGAUGGAUCUUGGGCCUCCAAAAGAGAUGUCACAGACCCAAAAAGAAGAUGAGAUUCAAAAGCCACAGUCACCCUUGGAGAGUGCCGAGGGCACCAAGAAAGUGGACCUUGAGCCUCUAAAAGAGAUGCCACAGACCCUACACACAGAUAAACAAAAGUCAGAAGUUGCCCCCAAGGCAGACAGUGAGAGUGAGCAUGAUGAUAUGGGGUCAGACUCAGAAGUAGCAGACAUACCCUCUGGGGGUAUCAAGAAAGACGAAAUGACACCAAAGCAUGAACAAGCUGAACAGUCAUAUGAAUCUGGUACAGACAAAAAACAAUUAUUAACCUCAAAAGAACAAGACGUUUUAGAAGCUGAAUCAACUCUGGAGUUAGAUUCAAAGAAGAAACUUCUGGGGGAUACUGAACCAAAAUCAUUCCAAUCAAUGCCAGAUGCAGUUUGUGACUUGGAUUCAGAAGCUAAAGUGAAAAUGGAUUUAGAAUCCAAAGAGAAGGACUCUGAAGAAGUACAUGAACAGUCACUAGAACCCGUUCUUCAGAAAGAGGAGAAGCCUUCCAGUUCUGAUUAUAAAUAUCCGCAGACCUUAGCUGAGGGUGCACAGUCAAAAACUGAAACAAAAGACAUACCUAAACCUUCAGAAAAAGACAAACAUGAGGACACUUGCUCUAGUGAAAUAGCUUCAAGAAGAUCUUCCGAUGAAUCCGUCAAAUCUGAUGGAAUGGAUCUCUCGAAAGAUACAUAUCUUGCAAUGUCCUCAAAGGAGGGAGACACUGUCCAACCAAGUAGUAGCUCAGAGAAAGUUGAGGUGCCUUUACCAGUUGUGAGUAAAGAAGAGGCUCCAACUCACUUGGAUGCCAAAGAAUGUAUUAAAGACUCAGCUUCACUUUUACCUGAAAUGUCAGAAAAGAAAGAGACCACAUCACAACCUCUUUGUACUGAGGACUCUAGCACAAAGAUAUCUGCUUCUGAGAUUCCCUCCUAUUCAGCAUCAGCCGAAAAAACAGCCUUGGAUUCAACACUGCUUAGUACUGAUAGCCAGUCCAGUGAUGAAGUCCGCUCCCAACCUGAAAGCCUUCACUCCUAUGAAGACAUUAGCAAAGAUUCAUCUCAUGAUGGAGAUAAAGCUGCACCAAGCACCAGUAAAGACAAAGAAAUACCAGCAAAGGAGGCUGAGAGGGAGAUGGAGGUGGAACGAGAAGUAGCCUCCCCAGGACUUACACCAUCCCCCUCUUAUUUCCAAAAGACAGAUGAUUCCAAUAUUUCAGAGGAAAGAAAAGUGUCUGGAGAAAUGAUGGAUAACAAGGAAGCAAAAGCAUCACAUCUGGAAUCUGAAGAGCUGGGUUUUGACAGUGCGGGUCUCCCCUCAGACAAAGAGGGGCAUGAGGUCUCCAAAUAUGAUCCGUAUGAAAAACCCAUUUCUAAAGAACAUGAGAGGGAUUCGGCAGAAGAAGACACUUAUCCUCUUGAAGAUAGUAAAUUCGUUGAAGGGGGAAUAGAUGAUAAUAGGAGACAGAGUCCAUCAGAACUUGGAGCUGCAUGUCACAUAGAUGAGAUAAGCGAGGAGGAACCCGUGUCUUUCAGUAAAGUAGACUACCACGCCUAUUCUAUCAAAGAGACUGCUUUUGCUGAGCGUGAACAAGAUAUAGAGAAAGGUCAAGAAGAAGAGUUUGAGAGGGAGGUAAGAAGCGACGCCCUGUCCUUGGAUAAGGGCUAUACACAAACAGCAACCACUGACAGCAGACCCUCUCCAGUGGCUGAGCCAUCCUCAUCCUCUUCAAGCAUUACUCAAGUAAUACCUGAGAGUUUAGGUAAAGAGAAAGAUGACAAAGAGAAAGAGAAGGAACAGAGCAGUGAAAAGAAAUCUGUUGAUGAGGACUUUGGAUCAGCUUCAGGUGCUAUUGGGGGGCAUAAUGAAACAGAAAUACCAACGAAGAAAGUAACCACAGAUGUUAAAGAUCAGUCUGUUCAGCUAAAGAAGGAGGAGUCUUCCAUGAAAGACUAUGCCUCCUCUGAAAAAGAAAAGGACAAGAUUGAGAUGCCAUCAACCUCUCAACGAGACACAGACAUACAAUCAUUAUCAUCAACAACUACUACUACUACAACAACAACAACAACAACAACAACAGCAACAGAAAAAGAGAAGGUGGCAGAAAAGGUAACACAACAGCCUCCUUGCUCCUUUUCCACUGCAGAGAAAGAUGUACUCUCCUCUCAGGCUUCAGUGGCAGAAGAAGAUCAGGCUGCUGCUUCUUCACUCCCAGAACGUCCUGAGCAGCAUGUUGAUGAAAAUAUUGCAUCCUACAAAUGUACCUCUCCUACCCGUAAAUCAUCAUUCGGGUACGAUGAGAAAGGAGCUGCUUCAGCCAGUGGACAUCAAAGAAUAUUUGCUGAGGAGGAGGAUGUUUAUGAUGACCAAGAGGAAGAGGAGGAUGAGGAUGAAGAGGAGGAGGAGGAUGAAGAGGAGGAUGAAACUAGUGAUGUAGAUAUAGAGAAGGGUGCCAGAGAACAGUCUGAGAAGGAGUGCAAAGGUGCAUCUGAUGAUUCAGUUAGUCCACAACUCUUGGAAGCUAAACCAGAGAAAGAUGAUGAUUCUCACAAGAAAAAAACCUCUGACCUUGAUACGAAGAAGGGUCAUGACACAGCAUCUCAGUCUGCUGAUACUCCUCAACAGCAUGAAACUCCCUCCUCGAGCCUGCUUCCUGGUGGAUAUCUUUCAAUGCAGACUCCAUCCAUAAUUGAGCACACUCGUGUAGAAGGCAGGAGAACUUCUGAACAUCGACUGAAUGAAACAGAUGCAACACCAGCCUUUUCAGUCUUAACUUCUGUUUCGUCUGAUGUGAAGCAACAAUCUGGUGAUCUGUCAAAGGAGAAACAUGAUACUGAGAAACAUGAUUCUUCUGUUUAUACAUCAACUACAACCCAUUCUUCCUCCUCCUCCUACAGUUAUUCUUCAUCUACCUCUGCUUCUUACUCAAUCACCCAUCAGUUUGCUGAGGAAUUAGAAACCUCUAUCCAUAUGGCUGGUGGUCCCUCCAAGCCAGACUUAGACAGUGCGUCUUUUGAGUAUUCUUCUUUCAGAGAAGACCAUUCACUUACAAUAGAUUCUUCUCUCUCAAGCUGUGCAGCUCAGAUAAAAGAGGAAUACAUGGAGGUUUCUGAAAAGCUGGCCACUGUUGCAUCAACUGCUGAAUCUACAUGUAGUCCAGAAGAGAUCAAACCAUUUCCCCCAAUAGCCUUUGCUGAAGGAAUAAAACAAGAACCAAUGUUAUCAAGUACUGAAAUGGACAAGAAACAGUCAUCUGACUCUGUACACAAGUCUAGCAGUGAAGAUCUGCCGUGUUCAGGUCCGUCAGCUCCUGCCCACUCGGCACAACCUGCAGCAGCGGAGUCCACAUGCAGGACUUUGUUUGACGUUUCUCCACUAGAGAAGGCUGAAGAGUGCCCAGGGAAACAGGGAAAGACCUCUGAAGAAGAAUCUCACGCGAGUGAACUUGAAGACAGCACUCUACCAUGCCGAAUUGAAUGUAAAAGGUCUUCAGUCACUGGAGACAAGCCUGGAAUGAUUUCUUUGACCGAACAGCAGUCAGAUACCAAAACCUCAGACUCCCUGACUCCUGAUUCCCUGGCUGAGAGUUUCCCACCACAACCGCAACCAGCAGGAACCUCAUCUAAUGGGCCUACAGAGGUCAGCAUGAGUCCAAAAGAGGACACCAGUAAAGCUGGUAAGGAUGAAGCAUUAUCUGGCACCGUAGCCCUAACUUUACCAACAGCACAGGAAGCAGAAAAAGAAAAGCAAACAAAGGGGACGACAGAUGUCUGUGAGAAAAAGGAGAAGGUACAGGAGAAGCUUGAAGAUCAGAAAGAGAAAGAAGCCUGUAAGGUUGAUGAGGCAGAGAAAAAGCAAGAGAAGGAUGGACACGUUGGGAAGGAACCAAAAGACACAGAGAAGCCUGAGAAAAAAAUGGAUGCAGACAGACAAGAUGACAAACUAGAAGAGAAGAAGGAGAAAGAGGACAGGAAGGAUGGAGAAAAGGAGAAGCCUGACAAGCAAGAGAAGGAAGAGGUUCUUGGUGUUAAGCAGAGCAUUACACCUGACAGCCAACUGCAAAUGCAGAGUGCUGCAUGUCCAGGGGCUCCUCCCGGGUAUGAGGAUGAUGAUGAUGAUGAUGAUGAAGCAGAGGUAGAGGAACAGGACAGAUACAGGGCUGGGUUGUCAAAGCCUCCCACCUCUCCCGUCCUCAUGCCCCCAGUGCAGAAGGCUGCUCUUCAGGAAUCCUCGAGGAGGUCUGGGGAGGAGUUCAGCCGACCAUCGGACCUCUGCAUGGAGGCCACGUCCAGCUACUCUCCUUCAGCGUUCAAGAAGCACAGAGGUGAGAUUUCUCCCUCAUUCAUCAAUCCCAGCCCACAUAUGCUGUCCAGCGACGAGGGUGAAGAGGACCGAGAGAGUGAACAUUCAAAGGGCGAAGACGACGACGAGAGAGAGCAGCAUUCUGUCAAACGGAGGUCUCACAAGCAGCCACGUCAUCAUGCUCACAGUCACCACGGCGACAGUAAAGAGGGCUCUCAGCCACCCUCAAGCUCCACGACAACUGGACAAGCAACUGGGCUCGCUGGAGAAGAGACUCCUCCCACCUCUCUGAGUGAGUCACUGCCCUCCCAGUCCGACUCUGAUGUGCCUCCCGAGACGGAAGAAUGUCCAUCCAUCACGGCGGAAGGAAACCUGGACUCUGACGAGGAUGCUGAGCAUCUCCCAGUUGACAAGCUGUCUGGGUCUGCCAGUGGAAGUGGAGCAACACACCAGACCCCCUCCCCAGAUUCAUUAGAAAGGACUCCUGACCCCCUUCCAGCACCCAUAAAGGACCCUGUCCCUCAUCCUCCUCGCCCUGAUGUGUGCAUGGUGGACCCUGAGGCGCUGCCCAAUGGUGACAGCAACCUUAAAGAGAGACUGGUGAAGAAGGACCUCAAACCGAAAGGGUUGCGGAAGACCCUGGGGAAGCCCAAGUCGGCCUCACCUGGGCGAAAAGGUGAUGCCAGAGGCAAAAGAUCCUCUACUCCUGUUAAACAGACCUCCAAGGACUCUUCACCCCGGGCCUCCUCUCUCAUACGGAAGGAUCCAGAAAGGGCAUCUCGUUUGUCAAGGAUGUCUGAAGGUUCUAAUCAACAGAAGCCCAGUUCAGUUGUUCCACCAGGGCCACCCAUCUACGUGGACCUUGCUUAUAUUCCCAAUCACUGCAGCGCUAAGAAUGUUGACCAAGAGUUCUUCAAGCGGGUCCGUGCUGCCUACUACGUUGUGAGCGGAAAUGACCCAGGAAGCGGAGAACCCAGUCGGUGUGUCCUGGAUGCCCUGCUUGAAGGAAAGGCACAGUGGGGCAACAACCUCCAGGUGACACUGAUUCCUACCCAUGACACUGAGGUGACAAGGGAAUGGUACCAGCAGACCCACGAGAGGCAACAGGAUCUGAACAUCAUGGUUCUGGCAAGCAGCAGCACUGUGGUCAUGCAGGAUGAAUCUUUCCCUGCUUGCAAGAUUGAGUUUUAAAUCUAGAUCUUUUUUCUGUUGUUCUUAAUUUCUCCCUCCAUUGUGAGAGGAGCUGCUUUGUCUCUUUGUCGUACUACAGGUUGCUACAUAUUUUUAGCUCUAAUCCUCAUUUACAAGCCAGGCCACAUUCUCAAUUUAUUUAGGCUUUCCUCUAACUUUAUAACUGGUUUAUUCAUCAUUUGAAAACAUCUACAAGGGUUCAACAUGAAAUGUAUACUUGGGGCACAGAAGCCACGAGAAUGUAAUCUAAACUGCAGACUGAAAUUGUCUGUGAAGCUUUGCCACAUCUUAUACAAAAGCUCUAAAAUGGACCUGCAUACUUGAUAUGAUAAAAACUCUCCUGAAUUAGAUAUUAUCAGAAGCACAAGAAUGCCCUUUUACAUGUCUUCAAAUACACAGUCUCUCUUCACUCAUGUGGAGGUGUAUGUUUUAUACCCAUGUUCCUUCGCUUCCAUACAGUUACGUAGAUUGUAAAUGAGACAGAGGAAAGCCUCUGAUGGGCCAUUUAUGCAUUGUGACAUUUGGGUUAUAGAUGCCUACAGCAGGCCGAUGACAAGAUCAAAUUGUAUUUGAGCAAUUAUGCCAUGGACAGUGUGCAAACUUCAAAGUGCAAGUGCAUGUCUAGCCUUGUUCGGGGGUAUUUGUGUGAGUUUCUGGGCACACAAGUGUGCUUAUGUCUCUCCAGUUUAAUGUGAACAUGCUCUACAUUGUAAAACCGAUAUUCCAAAUUGCAAAUCCAAAGGGUCUUUGAGGUGCCAAAUUUCUGUCUGAGAACACUUCUUGAAGAUGUCCAAAUUGCACUCUACAAUGUGCUACCUGCAGUGACGCGUGUGCACUGUAAGAUGUAUUUAUUCCUGACUAUCUGCCAUCAAGCCAUUGUGAAGUGUUUUUGGAACAGCUUUAUUGCUAUUGUUCUCAUUGUAUAGGCGUAAUGCCUGGUAUCAAGGCACCUUAGAUACAGUGUAGGUCUUGGCUGAUCUUUUCAUACUGUAAAAGUCUGUGAGCUAGUGCAGAUGCUCUUUGGCUGUGCAAGUUAACAUAUCCAUGAGAGGCAGAUAUUUGGCUUGUUUCAGGUCAGUGAAUGUCAUGCCAUACAACUUGUUUCUUCUUAUCCAUGAGCAUUGCUCUCAGACGUACAGUACAUUUAUUACAAGAUCACUGAGAAUGUGAAUUAUAUGUUAGCAACAGAUCUUAAAAUAAGCCACAUUGUCUAGCAGAUACAUGGUAGAGGUAUGUUGUAAAGGUAAAGCUGUAUGCUUUUAGAAAGUUAUUCUCCAUUAACUGACUAAAAAAAAAAAAUCUUCUGGUGACAAAAUUGAAAAAGCAUUUGUUUAUCCAGAGCACUUGUAGCAGUUGGAGCGUUGUGUAUUGAUGUACUGUAAAGCGUGACUGACUGAGAGCACGCGAGCGUGCUUGUUCUGACGUACUGUAAGCUGGUUCAUGAUGAUGUGCCUUCAGGGUGAGGUGGAGCUCCUCUUUGUUAGUGGGGAGGUGGAAUUCCACCUCUAUAGGGGUAAGACCUAAAAUCACGAGGUAUACAAGAACGGAGCAGGAGCAAAUAGUCAACAAGUCAACAAUAUUGCAGAAUAUUGCAUCCUACCAAAUAACAGUAACCAUUUCCCCAGCAAUUAUGGUGUUGAGCUGUGUGAUUUGUUGUUGUUACUGUCAGACAAACCAUGAGUUGUUUGGGCAGUUGCACUCAACGUAUGCAUUUGUUUCACCGUAGUGUGAUAUCCCCUAUUUUAAAGUGUCACAUGAGCAAAAGAACACCUGAAAACCAGAUAUUGCACCCUUUUCGACUGCACUUUUUCAGUGUGUGAGUAGAGGCUAAUGAGAGAUACAUGUGCAUGGACAGAUUACUGUGUUCUUUAAAUAGAGAACGAGAUAGUUUGGUUUAGAAUCUAACUAAUAAUCAAAGGUUACUGGAGGGUGAUGCAGCAUGAGAAUGUGGUUGGCUAUAGGUGGUAGAGGUAUUGUAUAGCAUGUUUUCCCAAGUACUGUAGUAGUGUGACUAAGUAGACUGGUGUGUGUGUGUGUGUGUGUAUUACUAGCACAAUGGAUCAGACUUGAGGAUGUGUUUUUAGCUGGUUGUUUUGCUGGAUGGGAAGAAUGCUUUUGCAUUCUUCAAACUACUUUGGCACUUUACAGUGAGAUAACUGAACAGACGAGCAUAUCAUGAUGAGAUCUUGAAAUGAAUGUUAGACAUUUUUCAUUUUUGUAGCAUAAUAUCUUUAUUUAUUUACAUUACAUCAUUUGCAUCAAACUUAUCUUAACAUACAUCAUUUUACAACAGCAUGUAGAAUGUACAUGUGUUUACAAAUUAUUUUGUUACUUGUACUCAUUUUGUUACUUGUUUUACUUUCAACUCAUCAUGCUUAAAAUACUCGGGGCAAUGACUCACCUUGAUGUCUUAUGCCCAGUACAUUCUUGGGGCUAUAGUUUCUGUAGAGCGGGGUCUGAAGUAACACGUUUGAAGUAACAUACUGAUUUUCAACGGCUAAUCUCAACCUUGUCUCCUUUUAAGAGAUUGCUCUUAAUAUUAGUUCAUACAGGGUCUGUUUGUUAUUUUAGUUAAUGACUAGGCGGAACAUUCAACUUCAGACGAGCCUACCCCUCUGCUCUGAGAAACCAGCCAACUCAUGAAUUUCCACUCAGCUCCUCAUAUCAUCCACUCAGAACACCUAGUGUAAGAUAGGGGUUUACAACCCAGCCAUAGACAUUAUGUAUGUACAGGGUGUUUGAGUGGUUUGAGUGUUUGAGAAUGUGUGCAGUCCUCAUAGACUGACGGGAACUGUGAGGACUGCAAGCUAUUGUAAGCUGUGUACGCACAAGGCUAGCAUUAUGGGCGAGGGGUCUGAGAGAAAAAGGAUGUCUUAAUCUAGCUGUCUUUGAAAACACAAUAGAAUGGCCUUGGACAAGUAGGUCUGCUGUACCUGUUUGUAUACUGUAACAGUAAAAUUAUAUUAUAGACUCCUCACAAACAUACAAAUCUUCAAAUCAGAGCUGGAACAAUAUGAAAAGGAUAUUUUUUUCAUCCAAACAAGAAAUGGAUUAUGAACUAGUUUGAUAUGAUGCACUGUAAUGUAUGUCCUCACAUUGUGGUAUAUUUUUAAUAUAUGAACAGCUUAACUUACUCAAUUCCGAAAAACUGGCCUUAGUAACACGCACUUCGGGGCCUUGUCAGUUUUCUUUGAACGGCUGCUGAAUGCAAUAUAUGGUGUUUAAAAGCAGAAUGCACUAAUCAAAACUAAUCUUUUUGAUUGUUGAGUUGAUAAUCUGAAUGCUGUUUGGGCUCACAAAAAUGAAACUUACAAGCAUAUCACAGAUUUCUGAGGAAGAAAGCCGAUAGUGUUGAAUUGAAAGCCCACAGUGGCGUUGCUACAUUGUUAGCUUACCAUUGAAUUGGUACGUGCAUUAACAGUGUAGUGGAGGUUCACAGAUUCAUUGCUGACAUAUUUCACUGUUAACGUGAAGUAUAACUGUUUCUGUCAUAUCUAGGAUUCUUAGGGCUGUCCAACCACAACCACAAUACUCUGAUAUAAUCUGUAUCAACUACAGUUACAAGGUUUGGUAUCCUGAUUAUGACUUGAAGUAUGAACUUUGAACUAAAGAUCAAAUGAAUGGUACAGUAUGGUGAAAAAACCAUGCACACUCAAAUGUGUAUAUACACAACAAAACAAAACAUGAUGAAGAUGUAAUCUAAUUAUUGUGAAUUUUUUGGAUUUUUUUUGUGCGUUUCAUCCCCUUUGUAAUCCUACUCUCUCAAAGCAAGCAAAAAUAGACUGCAGAGAUGAACCGCUGCUUCAAAUCCAUAAUUUUAUUUUGUCCAAAUCAUCCUCCCUCCCCCUCAGUCAGUCCUCCAUCAGAUGUCUGACCAUUUGAACGUAUACCAUGCAAAUGCUACCAUCUUAUCUCUGCAUGUGAUCUUAGUUAUAAUCUUGAAUGUAUUUGUUUCAAAUGGAAAUUAAACAAUUUAAGAGCUAUAUUUGAACAAGCUAUUUGUCUUAAUGGUACCGAAAAUAGCAUAUAUUUACUGGGCUGUGCUUCUGUUUGCCCCAAGGUGUUGUUAAGAAUAUGCUGUGAUAGUUCUUCUGUUUCCCGCCGCUGUAUUAAUCUUAGUUCUGUUCCUCCCGAGUGCAAUACUCCACAUCUCUAUUUAAAAUCUAAAUGCAAAGCUAGACUCUCUGCUGAUUUAAUGUAAAAGGGAAACAUCCUGGUGAUCAUCAAUAAAAAAAAUAAUAUUGAAAUU